AUGGCCUGGUUUGGGCGAACUAAUACGAAUGUAGCGAUCGAGGACAAAAUCAGUGAAGCAGCUUCGGAGUCCAUUCCUAACGGCGAGAUCGAUCUUGCCGGUGCGCUUGAAAUCAGUGAUCUGAUCCGCUCGAAGCAAGUAACAUCCAAAGAUGCCAUGCGUGCUUUGAAGAGACGUUUUAUGAGCACCAAGAACCCAAAUCUUCAAAAAUCUGCGUUGAAGCUUAUUGACUUCUGCAUCAAAAACGGUGGAGAACACUUUUUGUUUGAUAUUUCAUCGAAGGAGUUCAUAGAUCCAAUAGUGUCCACGCUACAUGAUAAGACUCUGAAUCACACAGUGAAGGAAUAUUUACUACAAUUGAUACAGUCAUGGUCGAUCAUGUUCAGCACUAACCCGAAAUUGGGUUACGUCAAUCAGAUAUACAAUAAACUUCAGAAAGAAGGAUUCGAAUUUCCGAUGAUUACUGAUGCAAUAGAGAGUACGCUUAUAGAAUCCAAGGUCGCUCCCGAGUGGGAAGAUUCUGAUGCUUGCAUGUUGUGUUCUACGCUUUUUACCUUUUUGAAUAGAAAGCAUCACUGUCGUUCGUGCGGUGGAGUGUUCUGUGGAACACAUUCUUCAAACACCUGCGAGCUACCAGAACUCGGAAUAACGAUACCGGUUCGUGUUUGUGAUACAUGCUACCAGGAGCAUAAAGGCAAAUCAAAGCUGUCUAAAAAGAAAUCCAAGAACGAUACGCCCGCAGGGGAUGAGGAUGAAGAUUUGAAACGUGCAAUUGAACUCUCUUUGAAAGAGUCAGGAGUUUCCAUAGAAGCUCCUGUCUCGUCAAAACCAGCACCACAAGCUGCUCCGACAGAGGAAGACGAUGAGGAAAUGAAGGCCGCCAUUGCAGCUAGUCUUGCCGAUUUCCAAAAACAGGAAGCAGCAAAACUUCAACCCGGAUCAAAGUUGGAGCCAACACCACAGCCAAGUGGUCUGUACUCAAAUUUACUUCCUGAAAGCCAAAGCGUGAAUUCCUUGUACACACCAAGCAACAACCCUGCCCCUCCAGCUUCACAACCACCACCGCAAACAUUUUCUCCUAAACCGGCACCACAGAUCGACUACAAUAGCAUCACUGGCGUCGAGGAGCAGAACAUUAUUCUAUUCGCCCAACUUGUCCAGAAUCUGAAGAUCGCUCCUGUCGAGAAGAAACUAAACAUCGCUAACGACCAGGCCUUAAAGCAUUUGCUUGUUAGCAUAAACCAAAUCAAACCCAAGAUUGAAUUCCAACUGAAAAGGGAAGUGGCAAAUUUGGAAAAGUUCCAGGACUUGUACUCCAAGACUUUUGCGGUCACGAAAAUUUACGACGAGAUACUACAGCUCCGAAUUGCUCAAUCACAGCAAACGUAUCAUCAGUACCCUCAGCAGGCAUACUAUACACCACCUCCAGCGCCAGCUGCUAUUCAGGCUUCUGAUCCUGUUUCUCAGCAAAACUCCGGGUCCUACAACGUCCAGUAUGCUCCGUUGCCUCACUUAAACUCCGUCUCCCAGCAGCCUGUUCCAUCAUCUCCCUCCCAAUUUUACCCAGCAUCGCCUGCUAUUCCCGACCAGCUGUCUCCUGUGGCCUCAUACACGGAUGUUCCGAAACAGGAGCCUGAAAAACCCAAAGCCCAGGAACCUGUCAAUCUCAUCGAUUUGUAG